CCGCUCUCUCUCUGCGUCAGAUCCCUUUUACCACAAGGAAAACGCACCCGGCGAUGCUCCGUAUUGGCGUGGAUACGUGUGGAUUAAUGCAAAUUACUUGAUCCUUCGCUCCCUCUGGCACCUUACCCGCACUGUUGGCCCUUACCAAAGUGAAGCGAAGGAGCUCUACACUAGAUUAAGAGAUGCCCUUCUACGUACAAUUUUGGGCCAGUACCAGACGACAGGCUACUUUUGGGAGCAGUAUAGUGAUGUUGAUGGACAAGGAAUGCGAUGUCAUCCAUUUACGGGAUGGACAGCGUUGGUCUUGAAUAUCAUGGCGGAGGACUUCUAAGGAUAGGCCAACAACAACAAAUUCACUAGAUAUUUGGACAUGCGCGAAUAAACUAGGAAGUCUAGUGAUGGCAUCGAUAAUUGCGUCUACGAAGAAAUAAAGAAAC